GAUAUACCGCAAAUGCUCGCAUCGGUAAAAUAGGAUUCUUUCGAAACGUCACACUCGACUUUCCCGACUUAUUUCGUCUUGCUCGAUGACGAGACGAGAUAUCGAUUUGACGUCCCCCAACCCGGCGUCGCGGCGAGAAACUGGAGUCGCUCGCGCACGCUUGAUGUACGUUCACGCGUUUCUCAGCUCUCUGCCCUGUCAGAAAAAUGUUACGCGAUCACUUUCGCGUAGCACUGGUGCCGUGAGUGGAUUCAACGAUCGCGCGUGUUGACGCUCGCCGGUUAACACGCUUCUCGCUGCAGUUUCAUUCCCUUCCUGGGCCCCGGGCCCGUCGCGCGCUGCGCGAGAAUCAAUAUACGGGGAAGAACGACGGCGAGCCGUUGACAACAAAUUCUUGAACUAAACAAUGGAUCAAUACCGAUACGUCGCUACGGAGGGCAAUACGUAGAAACGACGAGAGCCGCAUAUUUUACCGUCGGUAUGGAAAAGUUGGACAACCAGCAGAAGGCCUGGAAGAAGAAGAGUAUGAAGUCAAGCGCGGGCGCGGAGGUAGCGACGCAGUGCGUGAAGGUGGUCGUACGAUGUCGACCGAUGGACGAGCGGGAGAUCAGUCGCAAUUACACUCGCGUGGUCGACGUGAUCCCGUCCAGAGGCGCGGUUGAGGUGCGGCAUCCACGCGACGAUCCGUCCAGCGAGACCGUCAAGGUAUUCACCUUCGACGCGGUAUACGAUUGGAAUUCCAGCCAGCAGGAGCUGUACGAGGAGACGGUCAGGCCACUGGUGUCCUCGAUACUCGAUGGCUUCAACGGCACUAUCUUCGCUUACGGACAGACCGGCACCGGAAAAACGUACACUAUGGAGGGCUCCAAGACGGAUCACGAGAGACGUGGCAUCAUCCCGCGCUCCUUCGAACACAUAUUCAAUCACAUCGGCAGAUCGGAGAACAUGCAGUAUCUGGUGAGGGCUAGCUAUCUGGAGAUUUAUCAGGAGGAAAUACGUGAUCUGCUGCAUCCGGAUCAGAGCCUACGCUUCGAGCUGAAAGAAAAGCCGGAUAUUGGGGUAUAUGUUAAAGACUUGUCGACCGCCGUCUGCAAGAGCGCGGCUGAGAUACAGCACCUGAUGAACGUGGGCAAUCAAAACAGAACGAUCGGCGCGACGAACAUGAACGAGCACAGUUCGCGGUCACACGCGAUCUUUCUCAUUACGAUCGAGAUGGGGAAUAUCGGUGACUCCGGUGGCAUCCGAGUGGGACGCUUGAAUCUAGUCGACCUCGCGGGCAGCGAGAGACAAAGUAAAACUGGCUCGUCGGGAGAGAGAUUAAAAGAGGCGAGCAAAAUCAAUCUGAGUCUGUCGGCUUUGGGUAAUGUGAUCUCGGCGUUGGUGGACGGUAAAACCACGCAUGUGCCAUAUCGUGACUCUAAGCUGACGAGGUUGCUGCAGGAUUCUUUGGGUGGUAAUUCAAAGACGAUUAUGGUGGCAAACAUCGGACCGGCCAGCUACAAUUACGAUGAGACUCUGACAACUCUACGAUAUGCUAGCCGCGCUAAGAACAUCAAGAACAAGCCUAGGAUUAAUGAAGAUCCAAAGGAUGCUUUACUGAGGCAAUAUCAGGAGGAGAUAGGUCGAUUGAAAGAAAAACUUGCGCAAAAAGGCGUGGUGCAGCGAAAGAAGAAGAAAUCAAAAAGAAAAAAGGAGGAUGAGACAAUUGAUUCGGAAUCUGAGACAGAAGAUAGUCGAGGUGAAGACAAUAAGAUAUCCGAAACCGACAAGAAACUCAUAGCGGAGCAGUUGAAGGCCGAGAAGCAAGAGACUGAAAAUCUCGUACAGAGAAUAAAGGACUUGGAGAGUAAGAUGCUCUGCGGUGGUAAAAACAUAAUCGAUCACACGAACGAACAGCAAAGAGCGUUGGAGCAAAAAGCGGCUGAGAUCGCGGAACGUAAGAGACGCGAGGUCGAGAUGCAACAGAAACUGGAGGAUGAGGAAUUGACGAUGGUCGGCGUGAGAGAGACCUAUACCACGUUGCAGCAAGAGGUAGAUGUCAAGUCUAGGAAAUUACGGAAAUGCUUCACUAAACUGCAGGCCUUGAAGCAAGAGUUAGAGGACGUGACCAGCGACUACAACAGAGACAGACGAGACUUGGAGCAGGAGCAACACGAGUUGAUGAAGGAGCUCAAGCUCAAAUACCUCAUAAUCGAGAACUUUAUUCCCGAGGAAGAAAAGACGAAGAUUCUAUCCAGAAUCCAUCUGGACGAGGAGGAGGACUGCUGGAUCGUGAAAGAUCCCGAGCCAUCGAGUAUAGAUGCCAUUAAGCGACCGACCUCCGUACCAGGUGCCCGUAGGCCGGUCUCGGAAUACGCGCGGAUCGCUCUCGCGAUGGGACGAGGGUGCCGUUACGCGGGCGAGAACAUUCUUAACUUGGACCUCGACAUGCCGGCACGGACGACCUUGGAUUAUCAGGGACCGGCAAUCGCGCCGACGAUUCAGGCCGUUCUGGAGGAAGCUCUGCGCGAUGAAGGCGAUAUAGAUGUCGACGCCUCGAGCACGAGGCUGCGAACCAAACCGCGUUUGCAGUCGGCGCGAAUUAGGCCGAAGAGUGUUACCAAGAUGCAGCAAAUCCCGGCGCCGGUUUACCCGAAAACGAGAGGCCUCGUUCCGAAGUAAAUGAAAUCGGAAUGAAAUGAUUAAAACCCCGAUUGGCGCGCUUUUUAUUUUUGUUUGUAAAGAAGAGUGUAUAUAUAUAUAUAUAUAUAUAUUAUGUAAACCGCAUAUUGUGCUUUAAUUCUUCGCGGUUGCGUAGGAGGUACACGGACAAGGAAAACGAAAUAUGUCCUGCAAUUCUCUAGUCAUUGUGCAAUGCGUAAACAUAUGAUAUGUCACUACGUCUCGAACAUAACUGUUGUAAUAAUACAGUAUAAAAUAGCUCUUGAAA